ACUCACAGCCCACGUCCCUAUUUAAACAGCGCUCACUGCGGCUCCCGACAAAGCCGGCCGGAGCUGAAGCCGCCGAUUUCUGGAGUGUCCGAGUCUGGCUCAGUGCACAGGGCGAUGGGGGUCGCUUCUUAUCUCUGUCUCCUUCUGUCCUGUCUGGCAGGCGUGCGGUCCGACGUCGUGCUGACACAGCCCGCCUCAGCGGUGGUGAAGCCCGGGGAGUCAUACACACUGACCUGUGAAGUCAGUGGGUUCGAUCUCAGCAGCUAUGGCAUGAGCUGGGUGAAACAGGUCUCCGGGAAAGGGCUGGACUGGCUGGCGGGGAUAAGCUCUGGCGGUAGCAAGGACUACGCGCCUGGAGUCCGGGGCCGAUUCGAGGUUUCCAAGGACAGCAGCACCGUUUAUCUGCAAAUGAACAGCCUGAGACCGGACGACACAGCCACCUAUUACUGUACGAGUGACACAGUGAGAGGGAGCGGGACUGGACCGGGACAAAAACCCAGCGAGAGCGCCCGCCCUCAGGGCGCUGAGGGACAGGACGGCACUGAUCACCGCAGCCGUGUCCCGGCCUUGCUGUGCCGCCGUCGGCCGUCGCUGGAAUGGGAGGCGUGUUGUCAGCCGCGAUUCCUGGGAGGAGAGGCUGGAGGGACCGAGGGGCUCAGCGGAUCACUUCAGAGGGCAGCUCGGAGCCAAGCGCCGUGGGUGGGACUGGAGUCACCGAUCGGCCCGGUGAUGUGGGAUAUACCACGGUGGUGGGGAGCUGAACACAAACUGGUGCCGACAAUUCGACCUCCGAAGCUCAUCCCCCUUGUUCCAUCCCCGGAGUUUAUCCACAAUCAAACGACUGCUGUCCUGGGCUGUGUGAUAUCUGGAUUCUCUCCUGACGACAUUACUGUUUCCUGGAAAAAAGCUGGAUCUACUCAAACGGGCAUCGUUCUCCCUUCCACUUCAACAACUGACGGUGGAUUUGAAACAGUCACUUACCUGAGAGUGCCUGUGCAGGAAUGGAUCAGCAAACUGGAAUAUACUUGUGAAGUGACCCAGACAUCCGCUGGUUUCAGGGAGAAGGUCAACAUGAGGUAUCAAGACGGUGGACCAUGUCCCAGCUGUUGUUCAGAGUGUGUGCCAAUGUUCUUGUACCAGACUGACCUCAAUGCGACAUUCUCAGAUGGUUCUACCCAACAUUAUCAUUGUCUUGAAGGAAAAUGUGAAAUAAAGUAAUUGGCUGUGUA